AUGGCGACACCCACCACCUUCUACGAGCAGCUCCCGCUCCCGACCAUCGAUCGUCCCUUCGGCAUCGAACUAUGGCCCCUUUUCGACAAAGCCUGGACGGCCGUUACCGGCUAUCCCAUUAGCGAGUUUGAGUUCGUCCAGGGGAAGACUCCCAUGUCGACUCUGAAGGAGACUUCCAUCUUCAUUGUCCUCUACUACGCGGUCAUUUUUGGUGGCCGUGAGUGGAUGCGCAACCGGGAGCCCUACAAGCUUAAGGGCCUCUUCCUCAUUCAUAACCUGUACCUCACCGCUAUCAGCGGUAUCCUCUUGGCCCUCUUCAUCGAGCAGCUUCUGGCCACCGUUGUGCGUGGAGGCAUCUUCCAUGCCAUUUGCCAUGGCGAGGGAGGAUGGACUCAGCCCUUGGUCGUCCUCUACUACUUGAACUACCUUACCAAGUACCUCGAACUCCUCGAUACCGUUUUUCUCUUCCUCAAGAAGAAGCCUCUAACCUUCCUCCAUUGCUACCAUCACGGCGCGACCGCCUUCCUUUGCUAUACCCAGCUGAUUGGCUCGACGUCCGUGUCUUGGGUCGUCAUCACUCUUAACCUCACAGUCCACGUUGUCAUGUACUGGUACUACUUCCAGAGCGCUCGUGGUGUCCGAGUUUGGUGGAAGGAAUGGGUCACUCGCCUCCAGAUCAUUCAGUUCAUUAUCGAUCUCGGCUUCGUCUACUUCGCCUCCUACACCUAUUUCACCUCAACCUACUUCCCCUGGGUACCCAACCACGGCGAGUGCUCCGGCGAAGAGUUUGCUGCUUUUGCUGGCAUCAUCACUCUCAGCUCGUACCUCGUCCUCUUCAUCUCUUUCUACUUCGCCACCUACAACAAGGAGGGCAAGAAGGGCUCGACGCGCAAGUCGCUUCGCAAGAUGUCGCAGGCCCCUCUGCCAGACCCCCACCUCAUGGCUCAGACCAUGUCCUCGCCGAACGGCAAGACAAGCAGCUCAGGCACCACCACGGGUGUCAAGACCACCGCGGCGAGCACCCGGUCUCGUCGGGCCUAA